CAUCGAAAAUUCGAUAAACAUUCUGCGGUCGCGGUUUUGUUUUUCUUUAGCCCUAAUAUUUUUUCGCACUAUGGAAUUGAUUUCACCCACAAAAUCCGUAGGAUCAUGUCUUGUGUUGUCCAUAAUCUACGUGGCUAGCCUCUAUGUGUGGAGUUCAAAGGAGAAAAGGGAUCAUCCAACAACAAUCCUCAAGAGAUUCCUCAGUGUCUUCCUGGUGAUGACAAUAUCACCACUAUUUCUCUACAUUUUCUCCUCGCAGAAUCUCUUGUCGCGCGUGACACUGUGGGAAGCCAUGGGAUUCCGCCGGGAUGGUGCAUAUGUGGCCUUUUUCAUCCCACUCACCCUUACAGCCUUGCUAUUCCUCGGACCUAUCUCCAUGCAGGUGUACAGUGGUGUGUGGAAACUCUACUUCCGCCCAACAUACUGGCUGUCCAGCUUCAGUGACAUCCUCUGGCUGCGGAAUCACGUUGUGGCUCCCCUUUCGGAGGAAUUCACCUUCCGGGCCUGCAUGCUGCCUCUGCUGCUGCAAUCCUUCACACCAACCGUGGCCAUCUUCCUCGUGCCUCUCUUCUUUGCCGUCGCUCACUUUCAUCACAUCAUCGAACGCCUCCGGAAUGGGAUGGACGUAAAGACAGCUGUAACUAUUUCCUGCUUCCAAUUUUCCUACACUUACAUCUUUGGCAUUUACUCAGCCUACCUCUUCACCAAGACUGGCCACUUUAUCGCUCCCUUUGUAGCUCAUGCCUUCUGCAAUCACAUGGGCUUUCCCGAUCUCGUUGAACUCUCCAGUCAACCCAAUCCCAAAAAACGUCUCCUGCAACUUCUCUAUGUUGUGGGCCUAGUCUCAUGGAUUGUCCUCUUGCCCAUUGCCACGAAACCCACCAUGUACGCCAAUCCUCUCUAUGACCACUAUCUGUGAUUCCCAAUCACAAUCUUCCUGCCCCUAGUCUUUGCUUCUGUAAGAUAGUCACCCCUCUUUCUUCCUCAAAGUGAAAAGAUAUUCGUGUGAUCUUUGAAGCGCUUCAAUUUUGCCACAUUUUUAAUGUAAUAAUUACACUUUUGUAAAUAUAGUCAAAGUUAUUACAAGUAUAAAAAACAAAGAUAGAUUGCGGGGAUGGAAUGAGGAGGCAGCUUUUGGGAUGGAUAAAUUAGUUCAAAUAUAUUUUAUAAAUUGCCAUUCGAUAUUAGAAAAUUUAGGGAUAAUUAUUGUUGCUUUUUUAAUGUUCCUGAAUGUAUCAGAAUAUUUCUCAAAGAAUUAAGAAUAGGCUCCGCCCCUUUAAGAAUUUGACAACAGUUAAAACUUUUGAAUUCUCACAGAUCAUUUUAUAUAGAAAAAAUAGGCCACGCCCAUUUAAAAAUGUAUUAAAAAAUUAAUACGAGGUAUAACAUGAAAUAUUUUACUUAAAUAUUCUACCGUCAGGUUUGUCUGAAUAGUUUUUAUGCCAAGUGUACUUACGACAAUAAAAUAUAAAUAUUAAAAAAAAA